GCUGUCAGUCAGUCCGGUAGGAACAGAAGGGGCAGGACUCUUAUCUGAGCCGUGGGUGCGCUGCGGCGUCCAGAAAAUAGAUAGACAGAAUAUGCUAACCUAUGAUUGACGCAACUAAGUUACAAACUCAUCCAACUAGAUACUGACACGCCAAACUAGCAAACAGAAGAUGUCGAAGAGGAGCCGCGCGUUUGUCUAGUGAUUUACAUGCGUUUGCCCAGCAACCCAUCACGAACAGCAAGCUAGUUAGCAACAUGAUGAUGGCCAGCUGAACAUUGUUGUGCCUUCAGCUCUUGUUAUUAUUGCGCUCACGGUUUAACGGUUUAAUCUUCUCUUUUCCUGCUCUGAAUUGGUGCCUUUCAUGCCUCCUUUCUACAUGCACUCCUAGACUUGUAACGUUAAUUAACUGAUCGGAGCUGCUCAGUUUUAGGUGCUUGUGCGCCAUCAAGCUAAGCUAACAGCACAGGAUUGGUGUGCAUGGGCCAAACCCCUUUCACAUUUUAGCUCGCAGCUAACCAGUCGCUGGAUCUACAAGUUUGGACCAGAAAGUGAGUUUUCUAGAAAGAUACGCGGUGCAGAUCGAUCAAGCAGAAUGUUGGUUCGCAGAAACCCACGGAUCUUUUCCUUAGGCUGUGAUCGAGACCUACAUUGACCCUUAACAACAACGACAGAAGCCCCGGUCUUUCUAUGCAGGCUGCAAAAUGAGCACAUAGUAAACUGUGACAUUGAUCUGUUUUGUGCCUUUCAACGAUGUAGCUUUGCAACCUGCGUGCUUUUUUUGCGGCAUACUUAUAAGGACAAUAAAGAUGAACAGUCAAGGAAUCAUGUCACAAGAGAAGAUGGAGCUGGAUCUGGACAUCCCGUCGUCACUUGUUCAGAGCGAUGGGCCCUUGAGACGAUCUAACAGCGAACCCAUGAUAAACGGCCUGAGUGAUGCUUCACAGGUGUUCCAGAGAGAGGUUCUCCGCAGCAGAAGAAACAGUACUACUGUUGUUCGACCCAGUGUGGUUCCGUCUUCGCCAGUACGUGUUCCUAGCACAAGACUGCAGAGGAUCAAACAGGAAGAGGGUGUUGAUGUGAUGAACCGUGAAACUGCUCAUGAACGAGAGGUGCAGGCAGCCAUGCAGAUGAGCCAGUCUUGGGAGGAGAGUCUUAGUCUGAGUGAUAAUGAUCUUGAGAAAUCUUCAUCGUCGUCUCCAAAGCGGAUUGAUUUUGUGCCUGUGUCUCCUGCUCCUUCGCCCACCAGAGGGAUCGGAAAGAAGCAGUGUUUCUCUCCGUCUCUUCAAAUCCUGGUGACCAGUAACGGUCUGACGCCCAGCCCUGUUCCCAGCCCAACACGCCGCUUCAGUUUGCCCAGCAGGAGGAGUCAGAGCCCGAUCAACUGCAUCAGGCCUGGUAUUCUGGGUCCUCUCAAACGCAAAAGUGAAAUGGAGACAGAAAGCCAGCCCAAGAGACUCUUUCAGGGAACCACCAACAUGCUGUCCACAGAGGUGUCUCACUUGCCUGAACUUAACACCUGCAGUCUGUCUCCACCAGAUCUUCUGGAUGGGAGCCUCAGUAGCGUCGGCUCCUCCUCGGACUCUCCCGCCAAGAUGGAAGGAGUGUCGCCCUCCUCCAGUAACUCUUCCCUCACGCCCCCUCAGGACCUCUCCCCUAAGUGAUCCGCUGAGCAUCACGGACAUCACAGGAGGACUGGGCCGCUUCUCAGGCCCUUUUCCACUCAUUUUACUUUUAUUCCCAAUGCCUUCCCAACAUGGCUUUUGUUUUUUUCCUGAAUUGUCCUGUUAUGUUACAUUUGAAGCGAGGCGAGAGAGUAUUCCGUGUGGGACAGACCCUAAGGGCAUGGAGAGACUGUGGAUGUUUUUUGCAUCAGCUGCUAUAAAUAGAUGUAAAAUAUGGUGUAUGGAUCUGUAUCAAAGCGAACAAUGUCACAGAAGAGGGUCUUGGAUUUAGUUUUUUGUUUUGGUUCCCUUAUGGGGCAAUUAUCUUUUUGAUAACGCUUCGAAAAGAAAACCGCUGUAAACAGGAGAACAACUACAGGUUUCCAACCGGUUUUGUGCGUGAGAAUUUAACUUAUUUUUUGCUUUUAUUUGUAUGCAAGUAUGUACAUAAGAUAUGUGGCAAAACGUGCAGAGGCAAAGAGCUCGACCGGCAAACUGACAGCCGCCUCUUCUGGAGUUUUAUUAGCGGUGCAACUGCACUUUAAAGGGGCUGAAUUUAAUUUUGGGCUUUGUUCUGAUUCUGCAUAUUUAGUUUUUCAGGAAUGGCCUUUUCUUGAUUUUCAUGUAGGUGGAGGAAGGUAUUUUUUCAGAGCUUGGCACUUCAUUCUCCGUUAGAAUGAUAUUCAUGGUUGCUAUACACAACUACUGCAGAUGGGAUUUAUUAUUGCAGCUGUUGGUAACCACUAAAUCCUCGAUUUGAACACUACAGAGAAACUAAACUGCCUGUGUUUGAUGUUUGUCAAGCUAAAGACGUGCGUACAGCCGUGUUGUCAUUUUUACAGCUUUCAGAGAAUGGAGCAAAACAUCCGGGCUGAGAUGAAUGAUGUCCAUUGUAUGUUUUUGCUUCUCGCGCAGUGACUUCGCCCCGUUUCUGUUAUUCGGGAAGGGUUUGGAGGAGAAUGGGCUAUACAGAGUUUUCAGUGUUGUUUUUCAGAGGCUGUUAACAACGACACAUUUGGCAGUUUAAAAUGUGAGAAGCAGAAAAGUGCAAAGAAAUGAAAUCCUCCCAUCAAAAAUGUUAUUUGUGGAGUUUAAAUUUUUAAAUGUAAUCUACUGAUACUGAAACGGUGUGCCAUUAAAUUUGUAUAUAAGAGAAAUGUACAACUGUAAUUGUAGGAGUUCUUCGUUUGGGGCUGUAGUUACUUUAGUGAGUUUUUUUUUGUAAAUGGUUUUCUAAAUUUCAUUCAAAGAAAUUGCUUUAUUUCCUUAAGCAUGAUAUGAUGUAUCAUAAAUUAAUUUUUCUGUGGAAGAAAGUGCUUGUAAAAUCCUUUUU